CCCAACCCGACUCUGACACCCGUGGGGGCGCGGGCCGCCGCCGUCUCUCCCUUCGCUCCCCGGGGACCUGCGGGCCCCGACCCCACCCCCUACCCGACUCGGACACCCGGGAGCCUCCGGCUCGGCCGAGGGGGCGCUGCAGCUCCAGGGCUGCGCGGGGACACACCCGCCGCGCGCGGAGGCCUCGGUGGACCCGGGCAGAGCGCCCCCCGCUGCACCUCCCUCCAGCUUGGGCCACAGCGCUUGGGGCUCGCGGGCCGCCCCCUCCGCUCGGAAGGGAAGAGUCUGAAGACGCUUAUGUCCAAGGGGAUCCUGCAGGUGCAUCCUCCGAUCUGCGACUGCCCGGGCUGCCGAAUAUCCUCCCCGGUGAACCGGGGGCGGCUGGCAGACAAGAGGACAGUCGCCCUGCCUGCUGCCCGGAGCCUGAAGAAGGAGCGGACUCCCAGCUUCUCUGCCAGCGAUGGUGACAGCGACGGGAGUGGUCCCACCUGUGGGCGGCGGCCAAGCUUGAAGCAGGAGGAUGGCCCGCACAUCCGUAUCAUGAAGAGAAGAGUCCACACCCACUGGGACCUGAACAUCUCUUUCCGAGAGACGUCCUGCAGCCAGGACGGCAACCUUCCCACCCUCAUAUCCAGCAUCCACCGCAGCCGCCACCUCGUGAUGCCCGAGCAUCAGAGCCGCUGUGAAUUCCAGAGAGGCAGCCUGGAGAUCGGCCUGGGACCUGCAGGUGACCUGUUGGGCAAGAGGCUGGGCCGCUCCCCCCAUAUCAGCAGCGACUGCUCUUCGGAGAAGAGGGCACGAAGCGAAUCCCCCCAAGUGCCUGGAGAAGCCUCUCACCCCGGGUCCUCCCCAGUAGAAGCACUGCUGCUGCCGCCAGAGCUGGGGCCCAACAUGGCCCCGGAGGACCACUACCGUCGGCUCGUGUCGGCGCUGAGCGAGGCCAGCACCUUUGAGGACCCUCAGCGCCUCUACCACCUGGGCCUCCCCAGCCACGAUCUCCUGAGGGUCCGGCAGGAGGUGGCAGCUUCAGCUCUGAGGGGCCCCAGUGGCCUGGAAGCCCACCUGCCCUCCUCCGCGGCAGGUCAGCGUCGGAAGCAGGGCCUGGCUCAGCACCGGGAGGGCGCCGCCCCAGCUGUCGCCCCGUCCUUCUCGGAGAGGGAGCUGCCGCAGCCGCCCCCCUUGCUGUCGCCCCAGAAUGCCCCUCACAUCGCCCUGGGCCCCCACCUCAGGCCCCCCUUCCUGGGGGUGCCCUCGGCUCUGUGCCAGACCCCAGGCUACGGCUUCCUGCCCCCAGCCCAGGCGGAGAUGUUCGCUCGGCAGCAGGAGCUCCUGCGGAAGCAAAACCUGGCCCGGCUGGAGCUGCCCGCCGACCUCCUGCGGCAGAAGGAGCUGGAGGGCGUGCGCCCACAGCUGCUGGCACCCGAGGCCGUCCUGCGCCCCAACGACGGCGCCGAGGAGCUGCAGCGGCGCGGGGCCCUGCUGGUGCUGAACCACGGCGCGGCGCCAUUGCUGGCCCUGCCCCCCCAGGGGCCCCCGGGCUCCGGACCCCCCACCCCGUCCCGGGACUCUGCCCGGCGAGCCCCCCGGAAAGGGGGUCCCGGCUCUGCCUCGGCCCGGCCCAGCGAGUCCAAAGAGAUGACGGGGGCUAGGCUCUGGGCACAAGAUGGCUCGGAGGACGAGCCGCCCAAAGACUCGGACGGAGAGGACCCCGAGGCGGCAGCUGCUGGGUGCCGGGGGCCCACUCCGGGCCAAGCUUCAGCUGGAGGGGCCGGCGCCGAGGGGAAGGGGCUUUUCUCAGGGUCCACACUGCCCCCUCCGCUGCCCCUGGGCUUCCCCUAUGCCGUCAGCCCCUACUUUCACACAGGCGCCGUAGGGGGACUCUCCGUGGAUGGGGAGGAGGCCCCAGCCCCCGAGGACGUCAGCAAAUGGACCGUGGAUGAUGUCUGCAACUUCGUGGGGGGCCUGUCUGGCUGCGGAGAGUACACUCGGGUCUUCAAGGAGCAGGGGAUCGACGGGGAGACCCUGCCACUGCUGACGGAGGAGCACCUGCUGAGCACCAUGGGGCUGAAGCUGGGGCCCGCCCUUAAGAUCCGGGCCCAGGUGAGCUGCGGGGGAGUGAGGUCAGGAUCUCCAGACCACAGCUGGGCAGAAAGCUCUGGGUGGGUGUGCGCCAGCCCCCACCAGGCCCUCUCUCUGCAGGUGGCCAGGCGCCUGGGCCGAGUCUUCUACAUGGCCAGCUUCCCUGUGGCUCUGCCACUGCAGCCACCAACCCUGCGGGCCCCGGAGCGAGAACUCGGCACAGGAGAGCAGCCCUUGUCCCCCAAGACGGCCACGUCCCCCUAUGGAGGGGGCCAGACCCUUGCUGGUCGAGCUUCACCCAAGCAGGAGAAUGGGACUUUGGCUCUACUUCCAGGGGCCCCUGACCCUUCCCAGCCUCUGUGUUGAGGUGGCCGGGGGUACGGGGUGGGGCCACACAAAUGUGCAGGAGCCACCACUCAGUACAAUGGCCCUGCCUCCCACAGCUUUAUUUCUUUUGGUUCUGGAUGCAAAACAAAAAAUUUUGAAGGAAAAUGUGACUUCAAAGGAAAGGAGGAAAUUUCCAAAGACUUGGGGGAGUGAAUGUAGAGCCUGGUGCGGCCGAGGUCUGCAGAUGGAGGGCAGAGGUGGUGGAAGGGGCCAGGGGUCUGCAGGCCUCCCCCUGGAACUAGGACUGGUCUAGUCUCCUGACAUCAGGGUCAUCGUCUCCCGCGCGGAGCUGGCUUCAGCCCAGAGCUGUGGGGCUUCAGCAGCCACGCCAGCCCAGCACAGCUCUCAGUCCGUUUGGUCUUCCAUGCUGAAAAAUAAAUAAAGCCUGUCCCCUG